CGAUGUUUAUCACGAUAGUGUUAUUAUUUAUGUUUAUUUUAUUGACAUAUUAUUAUUACGUACAUUAUGGAAGAAACGGACGACUCAUUAAUCUUAUACCGGGACCGCUGGGCGUUCCAAUUGCUGGCAAUGCAUUUCAAUCAUAUAUUUCAGCAGAGGAACUAUGGAAACUAAAGUGUAGUGUAUCUGAUAAGUAUUACCCUAUUUUUAAAAUAUGGAUUUUCUUCACAUAUGGUGUGUCUAUUCGUCAUCCAGAUGAUCUAAAGACGAUAUUAAGCAGCACUAAAUACACCAAGAAAAGUCAACUAUAUAAUUUCUUUCUUCCUUGGCUCGGCACAGGUCUUUUCACUAGCACAGGCGCCAAGUGGCAUGCACGACGAAAAAUAUUAACAUCUGCAUUUCAUUCCAAUGUAUUAAAUCAAUUUGCUAAUAUCUUAAUCAAGGAGGGCGAUUGUAUGGCAAAAUCUUUAAAAGAUACCGGAGGGAUAGUUGUAAAAGAUUUAAUACCAUUUGUCAGUGAACACACGUUAAACGCCAUAUGCGAAACAGCCAUGGGCAUCUCUCUGCAAAAUGUCAGCGAGUCUCAGCAAUAUCGAAAUGCGGUUCACGACAUAAUCGAAUUAAUACUUUAUAGAGGAUUGAGACCCUGGUUCUAUAACGAUUUCUUAUUCUCAUUAUCAUCCCAUGGGAGAAAACAAAAAAGGAUCUUGAAAAUAUUGCAUGGAUUUACGGAAAAAAUCAUUGCUGAAAGAAAACUUUAUCACGAACGCACCAAUGGUCGAUAUUUAAAAAAUCUUGAAAAUGACAAAGAGACCGAUGAUGUCAAAGCAUUUGGAAUUAAAAAAAAACGGCUAGCCAUGUUGGAUCUCUUAAUAGCGGCAUCUCGAGAUCAUUUUUUGACUGAUUUAGACAUCAAAGAAGAAGUCGAUACUUUUAUGUUUGGAGGUCACGAUACUACAGCGAUGAGUAUGACAUAUGCUUUAUUAUUAUUAGCUGAACACAAAGAUGUCCAGGAACGUGUAAGAGUUGAAGUCGAUACUGUGAUGCAAGAGAACGGAGAGAAACUUACCACGAGAUCGUUGCAAAAUUUAUCAUAUUUAGAAAGAUGUUUAAAGGAAACGCUACGUUUAUAUCCCGUCGUGUCUUAUAUAUUGCGAAACAUGGAAGAGGAUGUAAAAUUAAACUCAUAUGUUGUACCAGCUGGAACAAUCUUACAUCUUGAUAUCUUCCAAGUUCAUAGGGAUCCCAAUUUUUGGCCAAAUCCAGAAGUAUUUGAUCCGGAUAGAUUUUUGCCCGAGAAUAUACAAAAUCGUCAUCCUUAUUCCUAUCUACCAUUCAGCGCAGGAUCGAGGAAUUGCAUAGGUCAACGAUUCGGUCUGCUAGAGAUGAAAGCUAUGAUUGCUUCUUUGGUGCACAAUUUUUAUUUGGAGCCCAUAAAUUAUUUAAAGGAUAUACAGUUGAAAUACGAUUUGAUCAUUCGUCCGUCUCAUCCGGUUUAUGUAAAGUUCAUCCCAAUCAGUCGCAAAUAACCGUUUAAAACUAAUCACAUAAAUAUAAGAAAUUAAUGAAAACCUUUUCAUUAAUGAAAAUUUCAUCUUCAGUCCAGUAAAGAAAAUUCGGUUGAUAUCCGCAGAUAAUUUUAGAACUAACACGGAUAUCAUAUCAAUGUAAGAAAUUAAUGAAAAUAUUUUCAUUAAUGAAAAUAUUCAUAUUUUAUUAAUUUCUAUCAUUCAUAUAACACCCGUAUUAAUAGACUGAAGAUGGUUCAAAGCAAGAACCGAAACAUUUGGUUAAUUAAAGAAGAAUUUCUACAAGAUUAUGAUUGUGCUUUAUUUGUCUCUGGAAAUGUAAACAAACACUUUUUCCACGCCUGCUUUACACAAAUACAACGUAAACAAACUUUAUUUUUCUUAUUCUAUAACAGAAAAUGCAUUAAAACUGUAAAACUUUAAAAUCGCAUAUCUCGGAAACUAUUGGUCAAAAAUUCUUUUUACAAUUUUCUCGUCAAAAAUGCCUUCAGAAAGAACCCUUCAAAUAGGGGGCCAUAGUUAUCGUAAUCACCCUCGAAAUAUAGAUCACCCUAUAUUUAUGAUUUAGUAAAAGUAAUAUAUGUAUUACAAUGAUAUAAAAAUAUAAAUGUAAGAAAAAUAUCACAAGGCUGUACGAUGACAUUAAUAAUUAUCGAUACGUAAAAUUACAUGAGAUAGUGAUAUGAUGAGAUAAAUAUUUAUCCUCUGAUAUACAGUCAAAAGCUAGUUUGAUUUCAUAAAAAUAAGCAUUUGUAUUUUUAUAUUAUUGUAAUAUUAUCUACAUGUACAAAUAUAAAGAGAUAAAAUCAUCGAACGAUAAAUAGUUUAUAUUUACAAUCUUUUCAAAACUCUCAAAAAAUUAGCAAGUUUAUGCAUCAUUGUACAUAAAAAAGCUUUUUUUCAACAAUAUGUAAUACUUAUUUUAUUUUUAAUAAAAGCAA